AAAAUGCAUAUAAUCAAGAAAAACUUUUUUCAGAAAUCUGUGAAGUAACAAAUGACUUUAUAGAAGAAAAUAUCUAUAUCUAUCCCAAAACUCCUUUAUCAACUAUUUAUGGUAAAGAAGAAGAAAACGAACAGAACCUCUGUUCUUUUCUAG